AUGAAGCCAACUCAUCUCUACAACGCUCUCUUCUUCCUCGCCCUCCCUAGCCUGGGCUACGCGGCUCCAGCAUCCACUACCACUCAGCGCCAGAGGCAGGAUCACAGGGCCCUGGACGUGAAGAUCACAGCAGCACAGAUCGAGACCAUCGCGCCCAAGUCGACAUCGUGCGCGAACCCGCCGGCCCCGGGUGAAUGUGCCACGUCCGAGCAGGCCGCGGCGAACAUUGCCAAGUCGUUCGAGACGUACAAGGUGACUUCGGCCGCGGAGCAGGCGGCCGUGGUCGGGCUGAUGGCGUUUGAGAGUUUGGAUUUCGAAUACAAUAGGAACCAUUUCCCUGGUGUUCCGGGGCAGGGGAGUAUGUUUUGCAUUUACGUUUUGCGUGGGCAGGUCCUUUGGAGAAUGAGGGCUGACCGUGUUGGCAUUCGAAUAGCUCGGAAUAUGCAAUCGCCUGCGUUCAAUGCCAAGUACGCGGCCUCCCUGCCGGCUCUUGCGGACAAGUUGAAGGAUGUCUCUGGCGACCCGGCGGGUGUCCUCGACCUGUUGCUGGCGAACGAGGAAUAUGAUUUUGGUUCCGGGGCCUGGUUCCUCGCCACGCAGUGCUCGCAGGAUGUGCGGUCGGAGCUGCAGUCCGGCUCGGAGGCUGGAUGGCAGAAGUAUAUCAGCAGUUGUGUGGGGACAGAUGCGAAUGAGGAGCGAAAGGCGUACUGGACGCGGGCCGUCCAGGCGCUGGGUGUUUAG